CUUCAUUACAUCACAACAUUCUGAGCUUUUCAACCAAUCAUAGAGCUCCCCAAAGGAUAAUAAAAACAGUUUGAAAGUCCAGAAGCCUCCAUAGCAACACUAAACAUCCUUUGAAAUUGCUGCAACUAGACACUGAGCUGAGAGCACCGUUUUAGGGAGCUAGUGCUCUUAUGCCUCAGAAAGAGAAAGCUCCCCAAAUGAAUUCUUCUACCUCACCCUCCAAAGUCACAGGGGUGGAAAACACAUUAAAAGAGCCAGAUGAUGAUGAUAUGGAGUGCAAAGAGCUAGAAGGUUUGAAAGAAGCCUUGGAGAACCUCCGCGGGCUAUCUAGUGAAGAAAAAAAUGAAAAAGCUAUGUUACGUUCCCGCCUCCAGGAGCAAUCUCAACUCAUCUGCAUCCUGAAGCGCAGGGCUGAUGAGACGCUAGAGCGCUGUCGAGUCCUGGAGCAGCUCAACACGGAGCUGGAGGAGAAAAGGAUGAAUGACGCGGAAAGCCUGGAGGCCCAGACCCAGCGCACGCUGAAGCUGGAGGCCCGCUUCAUGGACCUGGCCGCCAACCACGAGGAGAUGAUCCGCUUCAAGGACGAACACAAGAGGCAGAAUGUGAAACUGAGAGAGGAGAACGAAAUCCUGAGGAGGGAGAACAAAGAACAUUUCAGCCAGGCCCUGAAGGACCAGGAGGCCAAAGUGUGUCAGCUCACAGCCCAGGGAGAAAAACUGUCCAGAGAGCUAGAGGCCCUGAAGGGGAAAUGUGCUGAAGACACCAGCCGAGCCAAAGCCCGAGAGAAGGAGCUGAUGGACCUGCAGUGCCAGCAGGCCAACUCCCACGCGGAGGAAACCAGCUCCCUCCAAAGCCAGCUCCAGACUCUGGAGGAGCUGCACCGGAAAGCCCUGGCGAAGAUGGCCAAGGCGGAGGAGAAGCAGAAGGGCUUGAGCUCCGAGCUGAGCAGCCAACUGGAAAAAGUGACCAAGGAGAAGGAGGAGCUGCUGCAGCUCUCCAUGGAGAGGGGCAAAGUGCUUCAGAACAAACAGCUGGAGAUCCAGCAGCUGGAGGAGAAGCUGGAGAUGGCGGAGACAGCUCGAAAGAACGCGCUGGAUCGUUUUGAGCAGGAAGCUGCCACCGUGAAUAGCAGCCUGAGAGUUCAAGAGCUGAGCCGCAAGGUGGAGAGAAUCCAGAAGGCCUAUGAUGAGCUCUGGUUGCAGUCUGAAGCCUUCAAAAAGCACAGUCUGGAUCUUUUAACCAAGGAGAGGGAACUCAACGCCAAACUCCGGCACCUCUUUCCAUAAGGCGAGCCUUGUUGCUCCUGCCGACCUCAACCAAAAUAUGUUUUCUUCUUUACUGGAACAGUAGCCAGCCUUCCUUUUAUUAUAUUUCUAUUACAUAAAGAACAGUCUUGAGACCCA